AUGCAAUAUACUCCGUUUGUCUCUGAUAUUGAGCUGCCAUUCUACACGGCUCUUGCCUCACACAAAAUCAAUCAUGAUAAGCUGGACGACUCCGCACGCCAGGUGCUGGGGCUCUAUGAGAUCCGCUCCACAGACUCUGCAAAUUCUUCUUGUCGAAUUCAAAUCCAUGGGAAUGCGCUCACGAGUGCGGAAGCACCGGCAGGGCUGUACCGCGCAGAAGGCAUGAUCAAGAAUGUCAAUACGAUCGAAGAAUAUCGCAACGUGGAUAAGUCCAAGAUGAUACUCCAAGCAGGGACAACGAUCUGGGACGCUAUUAAUGACGGGACCAUAUACUCUUGCCCUUCCUUGCUGUCGUCAUUUAUAAUUCUAUCGUUUGCCGACUUGAAAAAAUACAAGUUCUACUAUUGGUUUGCCUUCCCCGCCCUUCACUCUGAUCCGUCGUGGGUGAUAUCUACGGAACCUCAGGCCAGGCCCUCCCCAGAUGAAGCGACCUCGGCACCCCAGGGAGAAAAUUUACCGCCCGAUGAAAGCAUGGCCCUUGUGGAGGCAGUCCAAACCUGGAGCUAUGGUACAGAUGACCGCCAAAGGGGUUUUUUCUUGGCUCGGAAGCAACGAAGGGCCUCGGGUUCCUUGACACAAAACGUUUGGCAGGUCGCAUCCUUAUCCGAAUUUGAGAAUGGGUUUUUCACUGGUGCAGCUCUCAAGGAUCGCUACGUAUGUUUUGCGGACCCAUCCAACUAUGAAUCUGCUCCAGGCUGGAUGUUGCGAAACCUGCUGGUUUUAGUCAAGCAACGGUGGGGGCUUGAUCAGGUACAAAUUCUACGAUAUCGUGAUGUGCAUUCGAAACGUGAUCAAGGCAGGAGUACAGUAAUCCGACUGGAACUUAAACCGGGGUCGACUCCAGGCGCAGUAAAACUGCCGCAUGCCCAGAGCCAAGUGCCCAAAAUAACUGGCUGGGAGCGCAAUCCAGCAGGGAAGCUGGCAGGGCGGAUUGUUAGUCUCACAGAGUAUAUGGACCCAAUAAGACUGGCAGACCAAUCCGUCGACCUCAAUCUGAAACUCAUGAAAUGGCGAAUUAGCCCGACGUUGAAUCUAGAGAAGAUCAAGCAUACAAAAUGUCUUCUGCUUGGGGCGGGUACUCUAGGGAGCUAUGUUGCUCGAAAUUUAUUGGGUUGGGGAGUUAAAAAAAUCACCUUCGUCGACAAAGGUACUGUCUCAUUUUCUAAUCCCGUUCGACAGCCAUUGUUUACUUUUACGGACUGUCUGAAUGGCGGGGCAGCCAAAGCCACUCGAGCCUCCCAGGCUCUGACCGAGAUCUAUCCAGGAGUGGAAACCAUUGGGCAUGAAAUCACUGUGCCUAUGGCCGGUCAUCCAAUCGUUGACGAAAGUACGACAAGGGGGGAUUUUGAGACCCUAAAGGCUCUUAUUGAUGAGCAUGAUGCCAUUUUUCUACUCAUGGAUACCCGAGAGUCACGUUGGUUGCCCACCGUCAUGGGAAAGGCAGGGGGAAAAAUUGUGAUGAAUGCAGCUCUUGGGUUUGAUUCCUUUGUGGCAAUGCGCCAUGGCACUACCGGAGUAGGAGAUAAAUCGACGGACCUUGGGUGCUAUUUCUGCAAUGAUGUUGUGGCACCAGCGAACUCCAUCAAGGAUCAAACCCUUGACCAACAGUGUACGGUCACCCGCCCCGGCGUUGCCGCUAUCGCCUCAGCACUCCUGGUUGAACUUCUGGUAUCGGUAUUGCAACACCCAGAGGGUGUCUUUGCGCCUGCUCCCUUAAGCCGAAGUGACGAGCGUGGAGAUCAUCCUCUAGGUCUUGUACCCCAUCAGAUACGUGGGUUCCUCGCAACAUUUGAAAAUAUCACGGUCACUGGCAAGAGCUACCCCUGUUGCAGUGCCUGCUCAGGAAAAGUGAUAAAUGAGUACAAGGAAAAAGGUUGGGAUUUUGUGCGAAAAGCUUUGGACCAGCCAGGGUAUGUAGAGGAGCUUAGCGGCUUGAAAGAGGUUCAAGAAAGGGCCGAGGCAGCAUUGGCCGAUAUUGACUGGGAUGAGGCGGAAGAGAACGAGGAGAAUGAGAUUUUAUAG